AUGUCGAAUACAACUUCGCCCACUGCCAAAUCAUCAUCCAAUUCAGCCCAAGUACAUUCAGCACAAGCUGAAAAUGUUCUUGUACAAUCGGUUGUUCAAAGCGAAACACAAUCGAAAGUUAGUAUUGCAAAUAACAAGAAGAUAGCAGAUCUUAUGGCACGUCUUGGAACAACUUAUCAUCAAGUUGAUAAAUAUUCACGUAAACGUACUGAAGAAAUUAAUGAAGCUGUUGCUGAAUCAAUUAAAAAGAUUGUUGCUGAAACACAGUUACAACAACAACAACUUCUUGAUGAUGCUAAUUUACGUACAAACGAAAUUGAAAAUGAAUUUAAAUCGAGAUUACAAGAAUAUGUUGCUACACUUGAUAAUGAAAAAGCAGCUUUACUUGUUCAACUUGAAAGAGACCUUGAUGUACGACAAGAAGCUAUACUUGAAUCAGCUCGUAAACGUAUUGAUGAUCUUAAUUCAGAGGCUAAUCGUCUAAAAAUGAAUGUUCUUAAAGACUGUCAAGCUCAAAGCAGUGCAGAAAUUACGAAAAUCACUGAACAAGUUGCUGCUCUUGAACAUCAAGAAGCGUCACGUCGUCUUGCAUCAACCACUACAACAACUAUUACAACUAAAUCAGUGGCUGCCGGUGAAACACAUGCUCACGAUCAUUCAGUAACAAAUGACAAAUCAACAACACAUGUCGAAACAUUGAAAUCAUCAAGCAGCUCAUCACCAACAUCUGAAUCUCGUGAAAAAUAA